AUGGCGGGCAGGAAGCAUUUACGUAACGUGCGCGUAAGGCGCCACUGCCGAGUGACGCCAGUAGUAGAGCGUGCAAGCGUCGCUCACGUCGACUAUAGAGAAGCCGGCGAGCUGAGCCGUCCUCCGACUAGCGAGCGCUACGAUCAGCAGCGACACAGCCCUUCUACCUCGCUGGAGUCAACCGCUCCUGUGAGUCUGGAGAUGCCUGCUGCAUCAUCUACUUCGGGGCCGUCGCCUUCUCCGGAGGCUAGCGGAACUGAGCAGCGAUGCAGUCAUGGACCGCAGCGCACAGGGCGUCGGUCGGGCACCCCUAGUCACCGACAGCCGCCGUAUGGAUUGCGCUCUAGCUGCAGCGAGGGCCCUCAGAAUGACGUGCCUCUUUGUAGUAAAGAUAUGACUCUGAAGGAGUCAGAAGCAGAGAUGUGCGUACCUCAGGAAAAGGGUAGCAGCAGCAACACCAGCAGCAGCAGCAUCGAUAAGCACCGGAGAGAGGAACUAUCACACAGCAACGCAACCUUGCCAGUCAGUGCAGCGAGUGAGGCAAGUGGAAGUCCGCAGGAUCACCACCGCCAUGCGGGAGACGGCGAUUGUUGCAACGGCAGUGUUACCAGCUUCUUUACGAGUGCAGCCUCCAGCAACAACAUCAGCGGCAGCACCCCCACCACCAUCAGCACCACCACCAUCAGCAGCAGCAGCACCACCACCACCCCCACCAGCAGCAUCAGCGGUACAAGCGGCAGCAGCACCAGCAGCAACAUUGUCGGUGCAGUCACAGAGAGCUGGGCUCGGGAGAGUGGGCACAAGAGCGAUGACGUACAAUCGGUGGCUCACCUUGACGAACGCAACCCGUUCCAUCGGCACAGACUGCUCAACAUGGCUCUCCAGAAGCGCGCCGCGCUUCGCGAGAGCACUCGCAAGAAGCGCAAGAGCGCGAGCCUGCUGCGCGCCGUGCUCCUGGAGCGUACGAUUGCCUGCGAAAUGCCGCCGGUAUCGACCAUCACGCGACUCCAACGCAUACUGAUGUUGAUGACACGUAACCAGGACACCUGCCCAAAUCCGGGAUCAAAUGCCGGCAGUGAGACCGACUUGGGCAGCAGCUGCCAGCAACAAAAACAACAACAGCAGCAGCAGGCGCAACGGCAAGUAUCGGUGGCAUUAGCUCAGCGUCCACCCACGCCGAUACCCGCCGGUGUGCACACCGCAGUAAGCCCAGCGUCAAUUAUGCCAGCAGCGGCCGCAGUGACAGUGGCAGUAGCAAACGGCCACACAGGACCACAACAGUCGUUGUCGUCGUCAUCGACCUUCACCCCUGACGCCGCUGCACUGAACGCCGCCACGAUGGAUAUCAGUCCAGUGACAGCAGCAGCUCCGUCAACACCAGUCCCAGCGUUGUCACAGUCACAUCUGUCGCCAGCGUCAUCUUCCCCGUACACGAUACCCACACCGCUACUGGACGAUGGAGAGAAUAUUUCCGACGAGGAGAUCGAGAGCAUUCUCGGCUCUGCCGCCUCGUCAGCGGUAUCAGCAGGCGGGAGCUACCCAGGCAGCUACCAGCGCGAAGCAGAGUUCUCCGAAUGGGCGCAGUCUCUGGUGGCGCACGCGCCCGACGCCCCCUCCAUCAUAUUCUCGCCGUCCCGCGUUGCCGCGACGACCUCGGCCAUCGAGCAGUCCGUCCUGGACAUGCUCUCGCAGCCGUACGGCCCCGUCACCAUGGAGACGGUGAAGGCCUUGCAGGACGACUGUGUUGUUGCCGCUGUCACCGACGGGGAUGGCCUUGCUCAUGACACCGCCACCACCACUACCGCCGCUGUAGUAGCAGCUAUUGUUUCUACGGACACCAGCGGGGAAGAGAAGAAAGGUAUAUGCGAUACAAGCAACGUGUCCACGGGCGCCCCAAACGAGACGCAAGUCAGCAGUGCGGCGACGACAGCAGCAGCAGCAAGCACUAUGCGGGUAUCUGCGAACACUAAAACAGCAGUGGUGGUGCUGGUACCAUCCAGCCAGCGACCGGCGGCGCUGUUCACACGCUCGCUGUCGUCGGGACGCGCUAGUAGUAGCCAAUCGCCUGCCACAUCACGGCCUUUGAAGCGGCGACGCUCCCUGGACGACUCGUUGCUCGCGGCAAACGGUACAGGCGACGCCAAGAAGCCAUACCUUGGUUCUGCCGACACUGAUUUUGAUGACCAAGACGAUGGCGGAGACGGGUAUGUCGAAGUGGAGAGGGCGGUUGGACCUGCGCUAAUCUCGCCGCGUGGAUUCCACCGUUCCGUUUCCAUGCCGACGGGCAUGUGA